UAUAUAUAUACGAGCUUUGCUAUAAAUAUAUGCCCCAUUACUUCCAUAUUUGCUCCAUUAAUUGAGGAAUCAUAUCGGAGCUCUAGCAUUGUUUUUGAGGAAUCAUCAUGAAUGCUUUAGCAGCAACCAAUAGAAACUUUAAACUUGCAGCUCGUCUCCUAGGCUUGGACUCCAAACUUGAGAAGAGUUUGCUCAUCCCAUUUCGAGAAGUCAAGGUUGAGUGUACAAUACCAAAAGAUGAUGGCUCCUUGGUAUCUUUCGUCGGAUUCCGAGUUCAACAUGAUAAUGCUAGAGGCCCCAUGAAAGGUGGAAUCAGAUACCAUCCUGAGGUUGAUCAUGACGAGGUGAAUGCAUUAGCACAACUGAUGACAUGGAAAACAGCAGUUGCAAACAUACCAUAUGGUGGAGCCAAAGGAGGGAUAGGGUGCAACCCUGGGGAGCUGAGCGUUUCUGAACUCGAAAGGCUCACUCGCGUUUUUACUCAGAAAAUUCAUGACCUCAUUGGAGUCCAAAUUGACGUACCUGCCCCUGAUAUGGGAACCGGUCCCCAGACGAUGGCUUGGAUUCUUGACGAAUACUCAAAGUUUCAUGGCUACUCACCUGCUACCGUUACCGGAAAACCAGUUGACCUUGGAGGAUCUUUAGGCAGAGAUGCAGCCACAGGAAGGGGGGUUCUGUUUGCAACAGAAGCUUUACUUAAAGAGCAUGGGAAGUGCAUUGCGGGGCAGCGCUUCGUUAUACAGGGAUUUGGAAAUGUUGGUUCGUGGGCUGCUCAGCUCAUAAGUGAGGAAGGCGGGAAGGUUGUAGCGGUCAGUGAUGUCACUGGAGCUAUAAAGAAUGAGAAAGGGUUAGACAUUACUGCUUUGAUGAACCAUGUGAAAGAGAACCAUGGUGUGAAAGGGUUUCAUGGUGGGGAUGCAGUGGAUCCAAACUCUAUACUGGUUGAAGACUGCGACGUUCUAAUUCCAGCUGCUCUUGGAGGUGUCAUUAACAGGGAGAAUGCAAAAGACAUCAGAGCCAAAUUUAUUAUUGAGGCUGCUAACCAUCCGACUGAUCCAGAAGCAGAUGAGAUUUUAGCAAAUAAAGGGGUUGUCAUUUUGCCAGACAUUUAUGCGAAUUCAGGUGGAGUUACUGUGAGCUAUUUUGAGUGGGUUCAGAACAUUCAAGGGUUUAUGUGGGAUGAGGAGAAAGUGAAUGCAGAGCUUCACAAGUAUAUGACCAGAGGAUUGACAGGUGUGAAGGAUAUGUGCAGAACUCACAACUGUGAUCUCCGUAUGGGUGCGUUUACACUAGGAGUUAGCCGAGUCGCCCGGGCUACGCUUCUUAGGGGAUGGGAAGCAUGAGAAGGAUAGAGAUGUGUUUUUUAUCUUUUCUUUUGGAAUGUAACAGGCAGUAAACACUGUUUACUUUGCCAUGCAGCGCUUCUUCAUCUUUUUGCAUUUCCUCAUGAAUAACCGACUUUUUACUUUGCCAGAUCAUUCCCUCAGACUAUUCAAAAUGGGGUCACGCUUAUUUAAGUGUGAAUGAUAAAAAUGUUCUCUCAUUUUCCAAG